CCAUUUUUAAAUAUGAAAAAGGCAAAACCCUAGUAACUGAGUGAGUGUUUGUAAAUCAAAACAAAAAAACCGACGACGAAAUCCAUUUCCUCUCUCUUUUAAAAGAGCGGGAAAAGGGGAAACAACAUUGGAACGAGAAAAUUUUAGGGUUUUCAAAUUUGUUUCUUGCUUUUGAGUUGAGUGAUGGCGAAUGUGGCAGUGGAUGAGGAUCAACAAUGGCUGCUGAAUUGCUUGUCUGCUACUCUGGACUCUAACCAAGAGGUCCGUUCUUUCGCCGAAGCGUCCCUUAAUCAAGCCUCUCUUCAACCAGGCUUUGGCAGGGGAUUAUCAAAGGUUGCUGCAAACAGAGAUGUUCCAUUUGGAUUGCGUCAGCUAGCUGCUCUCCUUUUGAAGCAGUUCAUCAAAAAGCAUUGGCAGGAGGGUGAUGAAUCAUUUCAACAUCCUGCUGUUUCAAGUGAUGAGAAGGCAGUUAUCCGGGGACUUCUUUUAUCAACUUUGGGUGAUCCUAAUCGAAAACUUUGCACAGCAAUUAGUAUGGCUAUAGCAUCUAUUGCAGUCUAUGACUGGCCAGAAAGCUGGCCAGACUUGUUGCCGUUCCUCCUGAAGUUGAUUGGUGAUCAAAGUGAUAUGAAUGGAGUGCAUGGUGCUCUUAGGUGCUUGGCACUUCUCUCGGGGGAUUUGGAUGAUACAAUGAUUCCAACAUUAGUACCUGUUCUCUUCCCUUGCUUGUAUACCAUUGUAUCAUCUUCUCAGACCUAUAGCAAAUAUUUGCGAACAAAAGCCCUUUCUAUAGUUUAUGCUUGCACUUCAAUGUUGGGGGCAAUGAGUGGUGUAUAUCAGGCAGAAACUAGCGCACUGGUGGAACCAUUGCGUAAACCAUGGUUAGAUCAGUUCUCUUUUAUCUUGGAACAACCUGUACAGCCUGAAGAUCCGAAUGAUUGGAGCAUCAGAAUGGAGGUUUUAAAGUGCUUGAAUCAGUUUGUUCAGAAUUUUCCUAGCUUCACUGAGACUGAAUUUAUGGUUAUUGUGGGGGCACUAUGGCAGACAUUUGUAUCAUCCCUGAGAGUAUAUACUCAAUCAGCAAUUGAAGGUACAGAGGAUCCCUACGAGGGCAGUUAUGACUCUGAUGGUGCAGAGAAAAGCCUUGAUUCCUUUGUUAUUCAGUUGUUUGAGUUUCUGUUGACCAUUGUGGGUAGCACAAAAUUGGUAAAGGUUGUUGCGAAUAAUAUUGCAGACUUAGUAUAUUACACUAUUGCUUUUCUGCAAGUGACGGAACAACAGGUCCAUACAUGGUCGAUAGAUGCUAAUCAAUUUGUAGCUGAUGAGGAUGAUGUCACUUAUAGCUGCCGUGUUUCUGGUGCACUUUUACUAGAGGAGGUCGCAACCUGUUGUGGGAGAGAAGGAAUUGAUGCUAUUAUAAAUGCUGCUAGGAAAAGAUUCAGUGAGUCUCAACAAGAAAAAGCUAGUGGUUCUGUAGUUUGGUGGAGGAAAAGGGAGGCUACUUUGUUUGCUUUGGCUUCUUUGUCAGAGCAAUUGCUUGAGGCAGGGGUUUGUUCUUUCCAUGAUAAUUUUCAAUUAUCAGUGGUUUCUGGACUUACAAAAGUGAGCUUAGGAAACCUUUUAGAGCAAAUGAUUACUGAAGAUAUGGGAAUUGGGGUGCAUGAAUAUCCCUUUCUUUAUGCUCGCAUGUUUAUAUCAGUUGCUAAGUUUUCCUCUGUGAUCAGCUGUGGAAUUCUUGAACAUUUUCUCCAUGCUGCUAUAAAGACAAUUGGCAUGGGCGUCCCUCCAGCUGUGAAAGUAGGUGCCUGUCGAGCAAUAUCACAGCUCCUUCCUGAAGCAAACAAGAGUGUUAUUCAGCCUCAAAUGAUGGGUUUAUUGUCUUCACUAACAGAUCUUCUUCAUCAGGCUUCUGAUGAAACAUUGCACCUGGUACUUGAAACACUGCAAGCAGCAAUUACAGCUGGUCAUGAAUUGUCAACAUCUGCAGAGCCUAUUAUUUCUCCUAUAAUCCUCAAUAUGUGGGCAUUGAACGUUUCAGAUCCUUUCAUUAGUCUUGAUGCAAUUGAGGUUCUGGAGGCAAUAAAAAAUGCUCCCGGUUGCAUUCGACCAUUGACUUCUCGAAUUUUACCAUAUCUCGGGCCAGUACUGAACAAACCCCAACAGCAGCCCGAUGGACUAGUGGCUGGGUCAUUGGAUUUGAUAACUAUGCUACUGAAGAAUGCUCCUACUGAUGUGGUAAAAGCAGCAUAUGAUGUUUGUUUUGAUGCUGUAAUCCGGAUAGUUCUUCAAAGUGAUGACCACAGUGAAAUGCAGAAUGCAACAGAAUGUUUGGCAUCUUUUGUAUCUGGUGGAAGACAAGAACUUCUUGCUUGGGGUAGUGAUUCCGGAUUUACAAUGGGAAGUUUGCUUGAUGCAGCUUCAAGGCUUCUUGACCCUGAUCUGGAAAGCUCUGGGUCUCUUUUUGUUGGCAGCUAUAUCCUGCAACUUAUAUUGCAUCUUCCCUCACAAAUGGGGCAGCAUAUUCGAGACUUGAUUAUUGCUCUUGUUAGACGUUUGCAAUCAGCUUCGAUAGCAGGAUUGAAAAGCUCCUUGCUACUUAUUUUUGCUAGAUUGAUUCAUAUGAGUGCGCCAAAUGUUGAACAAUUUAUCAAUUUGCUGAUCACCAUCCCAUCUGAAGGCUAUCAAAAUGCCUUUGUUUAUGUAAUGUCAGAGUGGACCAAACAACAAGGGGAGAUUCAGGGGGCAUACCAAAUCAAAGUUACCACCAGUGCUUUUGCCCUACUGCUGUCCACUAGGCAUCCUGAACUAUCAAAUAUUAAUGUCCAAGGCCAUCUAAUUAAGUCUAUGGCAGGGAUAACCACUCGCUCAAAAGCUAAAUCUGCUCCAGAUCAGUGGACUAUAGUGCCACUUCCAGCAAAGAUAUUGGCUUUACUGGCAGAUGCAUUGAUUGAAAUACAAGAACAAGUUCAGGAUGCCGAGGAUGAGGAUAGUGACUGGGAAGAAAUUCAUGAAGGAGAGACGGAAUCUGACAAAGAUUUGUUAUCUUCAGUUGCUGCCACGCCAUUUGGCAGGUCCGCAUAUGAACAUCAUCUUGAAGCAAUGGCAAAAGCAUAUAAUGAGAAUCAAGAAGAUGACUAUGAAGACGAUGCACAAAGUAUUGCAGAUCCCCUUAAUGAGAUUAACUUGGCAAAUUAUCUCACGGAGUUCUUUUUGAAGUUCUCUCCAAGUGACCCACAACUAUUUGAUCAUCUUUGUCAGAGUCUGACACCGGCUCAACAGAAUGCUAUUAAGGUUGUUCUGAAUCAGUGAGGUGCUAUGUAAGUUACCUGAUUGAUCAAAGGUUUGUUUCUUUGCGUGGUUGCCAUCGAGCUUUAAAGCUGAGGUUGUUGUCAAUGCUAUAGGAAAGGAGAAAGCGAUAUCAGUGUUGGUUUUUCGACGAUCGGAACUUGAUUGAUUGAUUGAUUCGUGUAAAGAAGCGGAACUCCAAAUCUGAUUUUGCUAUUAUUUUUCCGAAAUCUUAAGUGAAAUGUGAGUUCUAUUUGUUAAU